AUGAAGCUUGCUGCCCUCUACCUCGCCGUCAUCACCGUUGUGGCCGCGGCUCCGACGUCCCUGCAGCACCCAAUCCUCCGCGCUCCUGAAGGAUGCUCUGCGCACUGCACCAUCCCGGAUGCCAAGGAGACGCAACAGCUCCGCAGUGUCCUGUGUUCGCGUGAAGGACAGCGGCGGUUGCUCGCGUGCGCCACGUGCAUUGACUCCUCCCCUGAAGAGCGCGCCCAACCGGCGAUGGACGAGUAUCGGCGCGUAGUGGAGGCUUGCGAUGCUGAGCUAUUCAACGAGUAG